UUCUUGUUUCCGCAGCCAACUUUCCUCAGCCAAAUAUCCUAACCCUAGAAAAUCUCUGAACCAUCCUCUUAAAGCUUUCUGUGUUCGAUUAAAAGGGGUUUCAAACAAGAGGAGAUUGCAUGAUGGGACGCCGGAUGGAGUAUUUCAAUUUUCUACCCGAUGAGAUUACGUUGGACAUUAUCAGUCGAUUGCCCACUGAAAAUGUUCUCAAAUGCAAGUUAGUUUGCAGAAAUUGGAGAAGUCUAAUUCGUCAUCCAUCAUUCUCCAAGAUGCAUCUGCAUCAUCUCUAUCAUCCUGCAGCUGAUUCUGGUAAGUUGGGUUUCAUUACUUUGACUUAUCCUGUUGGGAGGAAGAAAGGCAGUUUUCAGUAUUUUGAAUAUGAUGAGAAUCAUGAGUCCAUUGAGAGAAUUAGAAAGUUCAAUUUUAAAUCUCCAUUUGGGGAGGAUACUAUCUAUACUACCUUUCUUGGUUCGCUCAAUGGUUUGAUCUGUGUUACUCGACACCGAUUUGGGGUUACAGAAACAUGUAUUUGUAACCCCAUCACCAGAGAAUAUAUUAUGCUUCCAGAAAUUAGUAGAGUUGGAAUGAAUCGUGGUAUUAGUGGAUAUGGUUAUGUUUCUUCAACUAAUGAGUAUAAAGUUGUAAGAAUUAUGUAUGAGAACAAGACCGAGGUUAAAGAAGUUUACGUAUACACUCUGGGGAGUGGAAAUGGAUGGAGAAACAUUGGAAAGCUCAAUUUUGAAUCCAUAGCACUUUGGGAAGAAGGUGUCUUUGUCAAGGGAGUUCUUUAUUGGCUGGAUUGUGAAUUUAGAAUGAUUGUUCCCUUUAAUUUGGCUGAGGAAAAGUUUUGUAAAAAUCUGUCACUUCCUUUCCCACCAGACUAUAAUUCUGCUGAUUGGUAUAAACUAGGGGUUUUGGAUGGGUGUUUGUCUUUUGCUAUUAAUAAAAAUGUCAAUGGAGGUGAAUGUUGGGACGUGUGCCUGUUGAAAAAGAAGGAUGAUAAUCUUGGCAUGAUAGAACAAGAGGGACAUCAGUCAUUGGGUUGGAAUAAAGAGUUUGGGGUUUACGACAAAGCAAUUUUUGCCGUUACGAAGAGAUAUGGUGUCUUAACUUUCAAUGGUAACCAUAUCAACAUUCACGACUUAGAAGCUACAACCUCGAAAACAGUUGUUGAUUUUGAAGAACGUCUUAUUGGAGUAUUCCCCCACAAGAACAUCUUAGUUUCAUUGAAAGAAUUAGGGGAAGAAGAUACGAAGAUGAUGGAGGCAGUGAAAUUGAGGAGACAGAAAGCCAUGAUCAGCCUUUCAACCAGCUGUGGGAGGAUGAGACCCCUAGCACCUGCUUAUAAACUGUAUUGAAUGAGGAAACUGUGGUGACGGGAAAGUUGAGGACUUGAUGUUAGAUGAAGAUAACUCAACUCAAGUACCAAGGGUUCUGAUUUGGAUCUGAGGGGACGAAUACUAUGGCUCCAGUCUAGAUGUUGUUCGGAGUUUGGAUCUGAUUCCUAGGGUCCAACUCUUUCUUUGGAAAUCAAACAUUUUACUGAUUAUUCUUCCAACUGGGGAAGUUUUCUCCUCAACAAUAGCACUGAAAGCUCCUCACAUUUUCUUAAUUUGUUCUUUCUGUAAACCAGUUCCGUUUGCUUCAACUGGUACUGUAUUCACCAAGUAUGGUUUUUCAACUUGAAAAUAUUUCCUUAUUGUAAAUGUAAGUUAUGGACUACUAGAUAUUCCUGAUGGUCUGCAAGUAGUUUCCCAGUGUUACCUUGCUAGACGUUGUUUUAAUUUGAAGGCUGUUAUUGGGGUGUCACUCUAAAGGCGUUACCUAAUAAGACAAAAACGGGUCACCCAUAAGUAAUACAAAAAUCCCUUAUCUCAAA